AGUUGGUGACCGACCACGAAGUCGAAUGGUGGUGCCCAAGAAAAGGUUUAAGCUCGCGUCACACCGGCAAAAGAUUAAUCUGGAUGUGAAGACUGUGAAAAAAAAUAAUAAUAUAGCCUAUGGAUUAACUAUGAUGAAUGUGAUUGAUUUCAAGUUAAUCCUAAUUGACAAUUUAAAUGAUUUACAGUGAAAAGAUGGUGCUUUGAAUUUUUCUGUGAGUGAGAAAACUCCCAAAGAGCGGAUAAUGGAUGUUUGUGGAUCAAUUUGUCGGAUUAAGUGAAAGAGUACCCAAAUCAUGAAUAUUCUUUCAUUCGUCAAUGAACAAUAGAUGUUUUUUUUUAAUCAAGAGACUCAAGAGAGGACAACAUUAAAUGAAUACCCAUCUGUGAAGUAGCUGGGUGUGGUUUGAGAUGAAGUGAUCGUAAAACCGUGGAGUGUUUUGGCAGGAAGUGACAGUGCUUUGUGUGAGCAAAAGCUCGCAAAUUAAAUGUCAUGCUGUGACCAGGUGCUCUGUGGAGAAGUACGAUGGAACCACAACAGGUGAUUCGUGUGUGUGCUAAUCAGGAAAAGUGGUGCAGUUGAUGCCGGAAGAGUGGACAAGGAAUGUUGCUGUAGUGCCCAGAUCAUCACACACUUCCGCGUGAAAAUCUCUGGGUAUAAUAGUUGUUUGCUGACGUAUGGCGAUGUACUAUUACGCCAGUAAAUUGUCGGCCGUGGCAUGUGGGGCACGGUGCAAGCAGAGUGUGUCCCAGAGGAACCGACGUCGCGGCUCCGGACGUCGCAGCGUGGGCGGAAGUUGCAGCGAGGAUGACGAAAAGGACGAUGACAAUGAUGACAACGAUACCACAGACCAUUUUACUACGACAAAAUCAUCCUCCAGUCAGUUAGAUAGUGACCCAAAAACCAUUCACGGCACAUCAACACAACCCCCGGAAGUGGCAUGCGAGAACCCACCUCCAAGUUUAGCAAAUGCAGCUUUGGGGCCCGGUGGUGUAAUGUAUAGCAAUGGGAAUGCGGUUUCUGGUCCUUUGGAUUCACUAAUCGACCUCCUUAUGCCAGCAAAGUGUGAUGAAUUUGAUAAGGAUUAUGUGUUCUCCUUCCUUUUGUCAUCACGCCUAUUUGUGAGGCCACAUGAACUCCUCGGGCGACUUCUGUCUUCCGUACCUGACCACGAGCCACUGGAUCGCCUUGUCGGGCUUCUCGGAAUGUGGACCAAGACCUUCCCAUAUGACUUCCGAGAUGAGAAAAUCAUGUGUCACGUGAAACAUAUCGUUGCCAGAUGUGCAAACACUGAACUUGGUGAUAGAGUCUCCGACUUACUGUGUGCCUUGCUAAAUCGUCUCACCGAUCUGGAACAUCACGAGGAGGAAUUGCGUGCCUGUCAGUCCAACACAGACGAUACGGACAUGAAGUGGACGUCAGCAUCUCAACUGGCUCAAUUGCUAUGUCGCAUUGAGCGGAAAUUGGCGAAGCAUGUGGGACCGGAAGAGUUUCUCCAAUGCAACAGGAAUGUCCUGAACAAGCAGGAUGGCACAUCGAAUAGCACACAAAAUGGAACACCCGGAAAUCAGGAUCCUAAGAAGACAUGCAACUUGGAAACUUAUUUGGAUUGGUCAGCACGAUUGCGUCUCUUAGCUGCCAACGAGAUACUUCAGUGUGACGGAAUUACGGAGAGGAGUCGAAUUGUUGAGAUGUGGAGUGGAGUUGCCCAGUAUUGUCUGCUUGUUGGAAACUACAAUAGUGCUACAGCAAUUCUCGAGUCUCUCGAUGCGACUCCCGUGGCGCGUCUCACUGGAACUUGGAGCAAACUUUCAUCAACAAGUCAACAGUUGGAUUGUAUGCAAAAGCACGCAGAAGGAUGCGGUGAUCUGUGGCAUAAACAGACUGAAAGCUCGGCGGAAGGUGGCACAUUUGGCAAUAAGAUCAAGCAUCCAAAACAAAAAUCUAGCACGCACAUCUCGACUAAAGUUAAAUCCAGCGAUUGGGUUGUAAUCCCCGUUUUUGCCGACAUCGUACGAUUGGCCUUAAUAGCACGUGAAGACUGCUUGACGAAGUUUCCGAACGGACAUCUGAAUGUGGCCGCUUUUGAUCGAUUGGCGGCUGUUGUGGGUGCCUUCACCCGCCACAUGAGCGAAGUGAGUGCCCCUUUGCCUGCAGUUGGGGAGUUUGAGUCUCUCUGGCGGCACAUGCAGCGCUGCAACCUGCUCAAUGAAUCUGACCUUCUGUUGGCAUCGUUCGACUGUGAACCACCCACAGCAAGUGAGAAGCUCAACUACAACAUAGUUUAGUGGCGUGUGAAUAUUAAUUACUUGAGUUGUUGCAAUUUUCAACACCAUCAGUGUGACUUUUUUUUCGUAAUCAACCUCCUCCUGUGCACACAGUGGUGGCAGAAUUCAAAGGGAUUUUACACGAAAAAGAGGAAGGACCCCAUUGAAUUGAUUUGCUCUCUGAUUGCAAAAACACAGCAUGUCGCUAGCUUAUCCCGAUACACGAAUAGGAAAGUUUUUCGUUGGAGUCUAUAUCUUUCUGUUUGAGGUGGGAAAAUUCGUUGGUUUUGGCAUUGAUCAGAGAAAAUAACUUUUCAUCUAUACAUAAAAAAGUUGUGGCUGAAAUAAACGUGAAAACACUGCAGAUUAUAUUCAACAUAAAAAGAAUCAAUUUUGCUGAAAUUAAUUGAAUUUCUUCUGUAUGUAUUUUACAAGGAAAUUCGAUGUUAAAUAAUUGAUUUUAUUUUUGAGUUUAAAAAUCUCUCUAUUCUUGGAAUUUGUUAAUAAAAUCCUAUAGUAAGUAUUAAUCUCUUUGUAUUAUUUCACAGUAAAAAUUUUAAAAGAGAGUUAAUUUAAUUCUUUGAACCGAUAAAUCAGUUUUUGAUCAUAUUUGGUAGUUAUAAUGAUACAAUCUAUGGUACAAUAUGAGAGUUUUUAUAUGUUGACUUUUCAGAAAUAAACUUUACACAAAAAAACAUGAAUUACAUUCACUGAAUGUGCUUUUUAAAAUUAUUUUUUUUAGUGCGAAGGCAUACGCUCUCGUUAAUACUCACAUCAUUUGAUGGUGUUUAAUUAAAAAUUGUUGGAAAUUUAUAUGACAUCCUGUACCUAUAUUUUUUUAUUAAAUACAAUCUCCAUGCCAAAUUGUCAUUUUCUCGUGACUCUCACAGCUAAUUUUCCGCAUUAUAUUGGGCACUGAAAGUCGGAUGGUUUUUUUUACAAACGUUUCGCGGGAGCAAAUCAAUUUUCCUCGAAAUGUGGGAUUUUUUUGUAUCACGAAAAUAUAUACAACAUGGUGGUUAUAUAUAAAAAAAAAUGUAUAGAAGGAAAAUAAGUAAUGUAUUUGACGUGGUGGAUUUUGCGGGGGAGCAGAGAACAUUUGCGAUAAUAAUGAACCAAUGUAAAUAGGACGUAAUAAUGGAAAUAAAAUGCAUUUUUUUGUAUGUUA